UUUCCUUUAGAAAAAGUAACAUAACAAAAGCCUUUAAGGAUUAUAUUUUAUAGGUAUGUAUUUAUAAUGUAUGUUAAUUAUGAUGCAGGGGCUAGUUUUUUAAACAUUAUAGUUUGUUCUGUCAUCCAACAUGAUUUGAGUUUUAUCUCUGCAGUCAUGUCGGUAUCCAGGUGGAAGAUAAUAUAUCUAUUCUAUGCUUAGAUUUAUGAUGAAUGGUAUGAGUAAAGAUAUCCUUGAUUUCUUCUAUUUGUUUUUACAAUGAUGAAGCGGUUUGAGAUUGCAGAGCUGGUGGAGAAUUUGAAUGCAUCAAAUAGUCAAGUAAAUUUCUUUUUGAUUGGCAGUUUGAUGUAUCAGCCUCGACAUCUUCGUUGCCUCCUAUUAGUGGUGGUGAUAUUUACACGAAGUCAAGGAAGUCUUGGUUUCAAUUUCAGUCUUCUUAGAAGCACUUCUUUCAGUAAUUCUUUUCUGCAUCUGAAUCAUCAUAUCCUCCUUUCUCUUUCUAUUUUCCUCCUUCUACAACAUACCAAGGGUUGGAGGAUGAGCAACAUACAACCAGCUUAGCAGAAUGAAGAACAAUGUCUUUUCUGAAGAAUAUCAAGGUUCCUUCUUUCAUGAAGCAAACAAACCUAAAGAUGAGCAUUAGAAGAUAUUCAUAGUACAUGGAGUCUCUAGAAGAAAAAGAGAAGCAAGUGAUACUUUUGUAGUCUUAGCUGAACUAAAUAAAUAUACUACUGUCUAGUAUGAUAUUUAUCAUUGUAAAUGGUUUUGACAUAGUGCCAACUUAGAUUUAGAUUGAUAAGUUUGUUUAUUAUGAGUAUAUAUUAAAAUUGUGGUUGUUGAAUAGGUAACACAUUAUAAUAGAUUUAUUAAUGUAAUUGUUUAAGAGUUUGUUAAAGAAAGAGUUGUAUUUGUUUCUUUG